GCAGUGCCGAAAUGCGCGCCGGAACAGCGCCCGACCAGCAGUCGUCUUCUGGCCCCGCUCUCCGAGGCUCUGCUCUCUCGGUCACUGCCGGAGCGGACACUUCAGACCCCGCCCGGCACCAUGUCGUCGUCUGAGGCACGGAGCGGACGACCGCUACUCCUGGCCGUCCUGGCCGUGACGCUGCUGCAGCCGAGGGCGACGGCGUCGGCUCUCACCACGCCCAGCUCACCGACUCCAGACGGCGGCGACUGUAUGCCCGCGAUCGCGGCCAAGUGUUUCAACGAGGUGGCCAGGGACCUGGCCUGCCAGCGGGGCGGCGUGAACUGCGCCGGCAGGGACGCCGUCGACAUGUGCUACACCCUGGACGAUGCGCUCAACUGUACUUCAGACAUCAUAGACGGCGACUGCCGCGCCCCGGACGGCCGGCUCACGUACGACGCCUGGCUGCGUGGCCUGCGCAGCGUGCAGAGCCAUCUGUGCGCCAACGACGCAACUAACAUGCAAGCGCUGAUCCGACCGACGCCGUGCUGGGAGCCGGCUCAGUUUCUGCGCUGCCUGGAGAGCUCGGCGACCGUCCACCAUCCGGCCGACCUGCUGCGAGUGCAACUGGACGCCGACGAGUGCCGCGCGAUCCGCGACUCGAGCUGGCAGUGUGUGUCGCGCGCGGCUACCGCCGGCUGCGGGCCCGACCCGGCGCCCUCUGCCGCCCUGCAGACGGCGCUCAGCGCCUUCCUGCUGGAGACGCCGUGCCGGGCCUCCUGCUGGGAGCAGCCGCGGCCGGCGGGCGCCAGCGGCGGCGGGGUGGCCGCCAUAGCACUGCUGGCCGUCCUGGCAGCGGCGCUGGCGGCCGCGCUGGCAGUCGUCACCUACAGAACCUCCUGCUUCCGGAUACCCAUCGCCCGGGGCUAGUACCCGAUACCCUGGGGCGGGGGUGGUUGAUGGAAUGGCGAUGUCAGGGGAUCUAGAGUCCUUGGCCAGCCAAAGAAAAGACAAUCCCUUUCAGAAAACACUAUCAUGAAAGGGUUUGGGAAAGUAGAUGACGAACGGCGCAGCGGAACGUGCCCGUGUACCGGUAUAUGCAAGAUGCUAAUGUUCAAUCCAGAGCAGCGGCAGAUGUCUGAGAAAACGUGCACUCUGAGCUGCCACUGUGAGUAUUUUCACCAUACUGGACGGUAUCCGUAUGGUCAAGCAGGUGCCCGUUCGAGAGGGCUCCAAGUGAGGUAACUGGGGCUUAGAACAAGAUUAAACCGACCCUUUACUGAUAAAAAAAUCCAUCAACUGAAUAAUAAACAAGAAUAAUAAUUUUGAGCA